AUUGGUGCAAAUCCUUCGUGGGCCUGCCAACGUACGAAAUAAAUGCCUCUGCGGUCAGGCGUUAAUAAGAUUUAUGUCUGAUGCUCGAAAAAAUCGGUGCGAAAUCAGUCGAAUUUUUCAUGAGAAAUCGAAAUGUAAAUGUCUGAUUUUAUUUUAAAUUCGAUUUCACAGCAACUAUACAGUACGUUUUUGCGUCUGUAACUUAAAAUAUCGCCUGCAUUAAUUAAUUAGCAUAGUCACCCUCUCAAACCAUUAAGAUUGAGUCCUAGAUCGUGAAGAUGCUUAAAAUUUUCAUUAAGACGAGGGAAAAUAGUUUUCUCGCCUCAUUACCGUGGAAAACAAUUAUGAUUGUAUCGUUUAAUACGAAAAAUAAAACUAAUUUCGUGCAGUUUAAGAGAUGUAUGUAAACCAAUUCUUCAUUGUAACGUUUUCGGCCACUUUCUUAAGUUGAUGAUUUCAUGAUAUAUGAUUAUUAUUGAAAGAAAACAUUAAGAAACAUCUCUCCAAAGAAGCACUUAAAUUUUUGAUAAGUUUCGAUCAAAAUAAAAUUUCUUAAAAAAACUCGCUUAAAAUUCACAAAUGGCUCUGUCAGUACGUCAAAUUUCAACUUAGUAUAUCUAAUUCAGUGAACGGAUGAGCCUUGGCAACAUCAAGCGAAAUUGACUAAUUUGUGGCGUAACUAUCACUAUAAAUAUUAAAUAAAAAUUCACUAGUAUAUAACUGCCAACUAUUACGCAAUUAGCGUGGAAUUAUAUUACCAUAUUUAAAGUGCUAGUAAAAUUUAUACCUACGUACUUAACCCAGAUUAUACACUGUUUUCUUUGUUUUAAUAUACUGUCAUUAGUGACUAGGCACCCCCCUUUUUCCGCCCCACCCAUUAUUUAUUUCAAUGCGAUGAAAGAGCAGAUAUCCCCUAGGGGAUAGGCACUCAGUAAAAUAUGAUUAGUUAGUUAGUUAUUGCGUUAUUCCGCGGAAUGGAACUAUAAUGGAAUAUUAAUAUGGAACUCUAUUGCGUUAUCACAUAAUACAACGUAUGCUUCUGCCUAAAAUUGUACUUUACAUUUCAUUUUACUACUAUGGGAAAUACCAUCCUCGCACGGAUUAAAAGUUGGAAGGUCUGCGAAGUAUAUAAUACAUGUUAAUUUAUUUAAUAUGAGGUACCUUUUGAAUGUUGAAAUAGUAGUACGAUUGUACCUAUUUAGCAUAUCUUAUAUACUAGUUGAUUGGUAUUUAAUAUUUAUAGUGGUAGUUAUACGCCACAACUUCUCAAAAGUUUUAAUAUUUUAUCGAGUAUCAUUUCAUUAAAUCUUUUGUUGAAUACGGAGCAAUUAGCAUAUCUGAACUAAAGUGAUAGUCAAAAAUAGUUGACUGUUCUAUAUAUUAAAUCCACUUUUCAUGCUGCAAGAUUGCUUUACAAUUAUUUUUUUACAACCUAACUGCAACAAUUGAUUGUAACUCUUUUUUCAAUUUACAGAAAGCUGAUAAUUGUCCAAUGAAUAGUGAUUUUUGUUCAAUUCUUUGCUUGAACCAAUACUCGAAUCAUUCACUGUUUCAAAAGUUACGCGAUUUUGUUUUAGGUAUCUCAUAAUGGCAGAUUAUUGUGUGAGGCCUAAUCCUUACAGAAUCAAUCAAGGGGACAUUUUCCUAGUGUACGCAGCAUUCCAACGUUCCAUACACCAUCUUAAUGCUUUGCAAGACUCUCUGGAAUAUCAGAAAACGAAAUUUCUUUCAGACUACAAAGAGAUCUUUAUGCAUGUGAAACAAUUUUGCCAAGAAAGAAGAGGAUCAUCGAACACCCAAGAUUCUCAGAAUGCAUAUCAUUAUUCUGCAUUCGAAUAUCUUUUUUGGCAUGUGAAAAACGUUUUCACAUCUAAGCAGGACCAUCAAGAUUCUGAGAAAUAUAAUAUAUGGGAACGAGAAUUUAACAAGCACGUGGAAAACUUUCCAACUCUUUCUAACGUUUCAAACGCGCACGUCCAUGCCGUAGUAAACGGUCACUAUGCAGAUGUAAUUUCAGAUCAAUCAAAGUAUUCCAGAAAAUGGCAGAUCGAUGAAAGCAAAUUAAUUCUUCCUUUUGAUGAAUACAGAGGUUGGAUGUCCUCGCCUCUAAAAGAAGCACUAAUGAGGAUACCGUCCACAGAAAGAUUAAGAUGGUGUGUAAAGUUGUUGCUGGCCUACCACUAUGAGAGUGAGUGUUCUAUGUUUAUGUCCUCAGCUUUCAAAUUUUGUUCGAAUGCGGUAAACCUCUCUCCAAUUGCAGACAGCAAAUCUGCAGACGAUGUUUGCCAAACAAUGAUCUGUUAUUUAGAUAUGUUUGAGAAUCUUCUGGCAGAAACCUUCCCAUAUCGUUAGAAAUUUGUAGACAGAUGCUUAGACUGUUUGUUUUAUAGAUCAUCAAUGAAUUUCCGUUUUUUAUUGGAACAGGGUGCAACUUAUGGAUAUUCUCAAGAACGUGUUCCAGAAUUAAAAUGGUGGAUUUCAGUGGACAUGUGGCGAAUGGGACGAAUACAUUCUAGUGAAGUUAUCAGUCAAAGAUGCGAAUACUAUUGCCUUCAACUAUUUUACUUAUACUUUUAUAAAGGAAACCAUCGCUUUGGAAGCUACGUAGAUGAAAUGCUACAAGCCAUCUGGGACUCCAUAUCUGAACCUUAUAUUACAGAAGAUGAUAUAUUUGCAUGCUUUUCUCAUAUGGCCAAUAAUGGUGGAUACGAAUUUUGGAGAUUAUCAACAUCAUCAUCAAUAUCAAUUUCUGACUAUGCGGAGAAAGUUCAUCUGUGGUAUUGCAAUGCCAUCUCCAAAAGUGAAAAGCAAGUAAGAUCUCCGAGAUGUCUCCAGCAUUUGUCAAGAUGUGCCAUCCGAUCUCAUCUGAGAUUUCCAAUCAAUUAUGAUUUUAUUGAUUUGCCUCAAAAACUUAAAGACUAUCUAAUGCUGAAAGAAUUGUGAUAUUUAGAAACUAUCGUUCAUGCAAUACUUCAGUAGCAUAACUCAAUGUAGAUCGAUUCAAAGUCAUGUCAUAUUUAUGUUAAAAAUUCUGGUUAGUGUUAAUUAAUUUGAUUUGACUCAUAUUCCAAUGAUAUUUAAUGCUGAAAGAAUAAAUUAUUUUGAAAAUAA